AUGGAUCCAGCCGGAUUCGAUGCACUUGAUGCACUUGAUGCACUGGGGCGCGGGGCACCAAAGCAGGCAAACCCCAACCACGAUUUCUGGGAAGAGAUCCAGCCUCUUCAGCCGGUAUCCUACUCGAAGCUCGACAUGCCCGACGAGCUGCGCCAGCAGUUCCGCGCGCUCGAGGAGAAACAUGACAUCCUGCGUAUGGAACACGCCGACGUGCUCUACACAUACGAGAGUCGCUUCAAGCAGAUCAUGGAUCGCUUGAAAAAUAACCCGGAUGGACCAGUGGUAACUGAGGGGCACGAUAUCGAGCAGAUGGAGAAGGAUAUGAGGGAGUUGAAGGACAAGAUAAACGAUGUCUUUCUGGAGCAUUUCAGGCUGUGGAUGGUGCCGCCUUUGGAGUUGGAGAUGUAA